AAAUUUGGCCCCUUUGCAGGGGAGAAACGAAUGCCGCAAGAACUGGAUGAUAACACGGACUGCAGGCUCAUGUGGGAAGUUCGUGGGAGUAAAGGUGAAGUCCUUUACAUCCUGGAUGCAAGCAAUCCACGCCAUUCUAAUUGGCUGCGUUUUGUUCAUGAGGCUCCAUCCCAAGAACAGAAGAACCUGGCAGCCAUCCAGGAAGGGGAAAAUAUUUUCUAUCUGGCUGUGGAAGAUAUUGAAACAGACACAGAACUUCUGAUAGGGUACUUGGACAGUGACAUGGAAGAAGAGGAGGACGAAGAAGAAGUAACUGUUAUCCAGGAAGAUGAAGACAGUGGCAGCAAUAAAGAAGUGCAACCAGCUGGUGAAAAAAUUGCAGAUUCUCUCACCUGUAAAGAAGACCAUGCAUGCCCAAACUGUGAAUCCAGUUUUGCCAGCCAGGAGAUUCUAGCUGAACAUCUUCAGACUUUGCACCAAAAACCCAGUGAGGAAAAGGAAUUUAAGUGCCGAAACUGUGGAAAGAAAUUCCCUGUUAAACAAGCUCUGCAAAGACACGUACUGCAGUGCACAGAGAGUAUCAGCCCGGGAGACCCUUCAAGAAGUUUUCAGUGCUCUGUUUGCAAUAGUUCCUUCAGCUCAGAAUCGAGUUAUGAACAGCACAAGGAGGCAUGCAGAGGGGAUGCCAGAUUCAUAUGCAAGGCAGAUAGCUGUGGGAAGAGGUUCAAGAGUAAGGAUGCCCUGAAAAAACAUAAAGAAAACGUUCACAGUGGAAAUUCUAGGAAGAAGCUGAUGUGUUCUGUGUGCAAUAAGAAAUGUUCCUCAGCAACAAAUCUUCAAGAUCAUCGAAAGGUCCAUGAGAUCUUUGAGUGUCAGGAAUGUGACAAGAAAUUUAUUUCGGCUAACCAGCUAAAACGCCAUAUGAUAACUCACUCAGAACAGGUACAGCACAGACAGCAGCACUGCGAGCUUCCCCACAGUGUCUCGUCAAUAUGUCUCAACCCUGUUCUGGAGGAACCACCUAUUGAGACCCAUUCUGAAGAGAGACCAUUCCAGUGUGAGGAAUGCAAAGCUUUGUUCCGAACCCCGUUCUCUCUCCAAAGACAUCUGCUAAUCCAUAACAGUGAGAGGACCUUCAAGUGUGAUCACUGUGAUGCUACUUUUAAAAGAAAGGACACGUUAAAUGUUCAUAUCCAAGUUGUACAUGAUGGACAUAAGAAAUACAAGUGUGAUCUCUGUGACAAAGCUUUUGUGACGCCAUCAGUCCUGAAGAGUCACAAAAAAACUCACACAGGAGAAAAAGAGAAGAUUUGCCCAUAUUGCGGACAGAAGUUUGCAAGCAAUGGAACACUGAGAGUUCAUAUCAGAAGCCAUACAGGUGAGCGUCCUUACCAGUGUCCUUACUGUGACAAGGCUUUUAGCAAGAAUGAUGGAUUGAAGAUGCAUAUUCGCACCCACACAAGGGAAAAGCCGUACCAAUGUUCUGAGUGUAACAAGGCUUUCAGUCAAAAGCGGGGCCUAGAUGAGCACAUGAGAACCCACACCGGAGAGAAGCCGUUUCAGUGUGAUGUUUGUGAUCUGUCCUUCAGCCUGAAGAAAAUGCUGAUCCGCCACAAGCUGACUCACAACCCCAAUCGACCGAUGGCAGAAUGCCAGCUUUGCCACAAGAAGUUUACAAGAAAUGACUACCUCAAAGUGCACAUGGAAAAUGUCCAUGGUGAAACUGACAGCUAAUUACAGUGUAUGUGAGAAGAAUGGAUCUCACGUUCCAAAGUACUCUAUUUGUACGUGUACGAACUCCAGACUUCUCACCUGACUAGUAAGCAUAGUCAAGAGAAACAACUGUAAUGUGUUCAUAUGUCAUUUCUCUCCCUGUUUUUUUUUAAUAUACUAGUAGGAUAAAAACCAAAGAAAGACAUUCACCUGAAGUAAAAUAUAGCUUGAAAAUAAGAAGUU